UGGGUUUUGAUAUGGGUCCAAAACGAAACCCAUGUUAAGCUAGAUGGAUUUUCAAUUUAAAACCAAUUAGUGAUAAGUGGAGUUGUUCAUCUAUCUUAUAUAUUAUUUAUAAUCUUUUCCAACUACCGAUGUCAAUGUGAGACACUUUGUGUCUAAUACGCCCAUUCGAGAUGAUUGACUCUUUGAGCGUCAAUUUUGGAAUGUUCGGGCAAGAAUCGAUGGGCCAACUUUGGACCAGAUCGAUGUGGAUCGGAUUGGACUGCGUAGAUCAGGCUAUGAUGAUACCAUGUUAAGCUAGAUAAACUUCUAACCUAAAACCAAUUGGUGAUAAGUGGAGUGGCUCUUCCAUCUUAUAUAUUAUUUAGUAUCUCUUUCAACUACCGAUGUGAGACAUUUUGUGUCUAAUAGACCAAAUACCAUGUUUAAUUAAGAAAAGUCAACAAAUGAUGCCCAAACACAAUAGUACACAUUGAUUUUGCAAAACUCAAGAACUAAAUUGUUAAUAAUGUACAUUAAUAAGUUAUUGUUGAUUUGUUAAUAAGCUGUUAAAUGCUAAUUUCAUUGUUCCCAUCAGAAUCUCCCAGCAGCUUCUCUGAGUCCCCGCUCACAGUAUGUUAUCCCAGUCACACAGAGCCUCGUGAGUAUUUCUGGUAUACAAAUCCUUUUUCUCUUUUAUUAUAUAAUUUUACAACUUUACAGUAUGUUGCAAGAAUAAUUUGAGAGGUUAUUGAACUUGUUCUAUACAAAACACAUGCACUUUAUUGACUAGGUUCAAUCUCCUCUUGAACUUUUCAAGAUUAUAUCGUUACCUGUUACUUGUAGUUAUGUUCGGUUCCAAACAGAAUGGCUUUAGUUUUGACUGCUUUUGCUUCCAUGUUUAUUACCCUUUUUUUGCCGUGAAAUCAAGUUUGUGAAAUCAAGUUUAGAAGUUCUUUUUUGGCUCAGUUUAGAAGUUUUAUAGUCUGUUAAUCACAUCUCAAUCGCAUCUUGUAAACCUCAACGUUCAUUUUUUUUAAUGAUAGUUACAUUCUUAGCAAAAAAGUAAGAUUAGUGGAAUUUGGAAACUACUCUUACACAAUCAAAAAGCUUCAAGUUUCUGGUAUGCAAAUUCUUUUCCUCUUCUAUGUAACAUAUAUAUAACUAAUUAAAAAGCUGCACUGGGCCAUGAUUUGUAAGAAUAAUCUGCGAGAUAGUUGAACUAGUUUUAUAUUAGAACACGUAUCGAUGUCAAUGAAUAUAAGAAGAACUAUGCCAAAUUAGAUACAUGUAUUUUAUAUAUUGUUCUGACUUUUAGAUUCAUGUAUAUUAUAUAUUGUUCUGACUUUUUCUAUGAAUUUAUAAGUAGCAAUAACAAUUCUUUCUACCUAUCCCUUAGUGCCAUGCCACAUUAUGGCCUUCUCAAAACAAACCCCUCUUCUUCUCCUCCUCCUCCUCGUCUUCUUCAUCUUCCCUCUUCUAAACGCCUCACACCCAAAACCUUGCUACACUUCUUCUUGUGGAAGAGGGAACAUAGACAUCCGUUUCCCUUUCUGGCUAUCCCCCAAGCAACCUGAGUCCUGUGGCCACACAGGAUUCAAACUCUUAUGUACUGAUCGCAACGAGACAGCCUUAGAGAUUCCUAAAUCCAAACCAUUUAUUGUCCAAGAGAUCGAUUAUAGAAGGCAGCGUAUUCGACUCAGCGACCCGGAUAGCUGCUUAGCCAGACAGCUCCUCAGCUUUGACGCUUCAGGGUCUCCUUUUUCUCUGUUUCUUCCUCGCAGCUACACGGUUUUGAUCUGUCCUAAAGACGAGAACGUCGUACCAUCUUUCAGAUCCAUCCAGUGCCUUGGUAAUUCCACUUCCUCCUUCUUUGUCACGGAGUUGGAACAGGUCAGUUCGAUGCCGUCUUCUUGUCAUGUCUUUAAGACGUUACAUCUUCCGUAUUCAUUCCAUGGUGACAUCAACCAACAAGACCUGUGGCUCAAAUGGGACUCGCCGGAUUGUAGAUAUUGUGAGAGGAGUGGUUCAAGAUGUGGAUUUAUAAACAAUACCACACGCCAAGUCCAAUGCUUCAGUUCUGUAAACCCAGGACUCCACAACACAAGCUUACAAGUACUAAAGAUAAUCUGCCUCUCUCUAAUGGGCCCACUCAUCGCCUUGAGCUUCUGCGUCGGUCUUGUCUUGUGCAGUUCUGAGAGAGUCUCUUCCCAGAUACAACACGCCAUGGCCGUAACACCAGAGCCAGCAAGCGACGUCCAAGUCAUCACGAGGACGGGUCUGGAUGAGUCUACGAUCGAGUCAUACAAGAAAGUUGAGUUAGGUGAGAGUAAGAGACUCCCGACCGGGUCAAAUGAUGUUGUAUGUUCCAUUUGUUUGUCGGAAUAUGCAACUAAAGAUACCGUUAGGUGCUUACCAGAAUGUGAACAUUGUUUCCAUGCUGAAUGUAUCGAUGCGUGGCUCAAGUUGCAUAGUUCGUGUCCGGUUUGUCGGAGCAAUCCCUCUCCCGCACGUGAAGGGUACUGCAACUAACUUUGUAUGUAUGAAUUAACUUUGUAGCGUUUGUAUAUAUAAUUUGGAUUCUCAAAAAAAGUUUUUAAAGGUUGUGUUGAAUUUUAAUGAAUUCUGCAUUCGCUGAUCAUAAUAUAUAGCUUAAAAUGGGUUAAAACGAAUCCCAAGCACCAUGUUUAAUUAAGAAAUAUUCAACAAAUGAAGCCCAAAUACAAUACUGCGUACACAUCGAUUUUGC